AUGACGUCCUCUUCCGACGAGACGAUGCGCGCCAUCGCUGCCACCGCCCGCGGCGCCCCCUCCGUCCUCCACGCCCUCUCCCUCCCCGCCCCCCCUCCACCAACCGCCCACGACCUCCUCAUCCGCGUCCACGCCACCUCGGUCAACCCAGUCGACACCAAGAUCCGCGCCGGCACCUACGACGACUACCAAGUCCCCGGCAACGCUACCGCGUACUUCGCGCGGGCGCCACCACUUCCACAAAUACUAGGCUACGAUGGCGCGGGCGUGGUCGAAGCCGUCGGCCCCGAUGCAGAGAGGGAAGGUUGGAAGAACGGGGACAGGGUCUUCUACAGCGGUGCGCCGCACAGGCCGGGGGCCGACGCAGAGUUGCAGCUCGUCGAUGGGAGGAGCGUGGCGAGGAUGCCCGGGCAACUGGACUGGGUUGAGGCGGCGGCGAUGCCGUUGACGUGGAUUACGGCUUGGGAGGCGUUGGUGGAGCGGAUGGAGAUCAAGGAGGGUGAGCGGGCGGGGGUGUUGAUCGUGAAUGGAGCCGGAGGCGUCGGCUCCGCCGCCUCCCAAAUCGCGCGGCACGUCCUCCGCCUCCCGGUCGUCGUGACGACGGCCUCGCGCGACGAGACGCGGCGCUUCAGCCUCUCCAUGGGGGCCACGCACAUAAUCAACCACCACGCCGACCUACCUUCCCAAGUCGCCGCGCUCGCUCUCCCCGUACCGAUCAAGUACAUCUUCAUCACGCACCGCACCGAGCAGUACCUCGCUCCUGCGGCGGCCAUCUGUGCGCCCUUCGGCAAGGUCAGCAGCAUCGUGCAGACCAAGGAGCUGCCCAUGUACGAGAGCGAGUGGAUGGCCAAGAGCCUGACGUUUUCGUGGGUGCUGCUGGGCACCAAGCCGUGGUACGGCGUCGAGCCGGACAGCCACGGGCGGAUCCUGAACAGGCUGCGCGAGCUGGUCGAUGCCGGCGUUGUCAAGUCUCACCUCACGCAGCGGCUGCCGUUGACGGUGGAGGGGGUGCGGAAAGGGCAUGAGCUGCUGGCCGAGGGCAAGGUUAUUGGCAAGAUUGGGCUCGGCGUGGAAGAAGGAGGCCUGAAGCCCGGGGGAGCCUUUGCCUAA